UUUUUGACAUAUUUUUGUAACAUUUCAACAAUGAAUUUCGGAUAAAAUUUUCGUGUGAAAGCCUCCAAAAACAUUGUGUUAUUCAUGUUAAUUUCAAAAAUUUGUAGUUUCCAUCACUAUGUGGGGAGGCCAGCAGCAAGGAUAUGGACAGUACCCCCAACCCCAACAAGGCUAUGGAUACCCCCCACAACAGGGUUACCCUCCACCACAGGGGUACCCUCCACCACAAGGGUACCAGCAAGGGUACCCGCCUCCACAAGGGUACCCACCGCCACAAGGAUACCCGCCUCCACAGGGGUACCCCCAGCAGCCGGGUAUGCAACAGCCACAGCAACAACAAGGAUCCUCAGGCAUGGGAAUGUGCGGAAUGGCCAGUCUUGCUGCAUGCCUCACUUGCCUUUUCUGCUCGUGUUGCCAAGCAAUGGCUGCCAUGUCUGGAGGCGGGGGCAACGAUGACGGGGGGGCUUACGGUCCCGGUGGGGGCGGUGGCACUGGUGGGGGAUAUGAUGACGGUGGUGGCACUACUGUCAGCCCCCCCGGUUUUGGGUCAGGCGCCCCGCACGAUGCUGGCACGGACGGACAUGACGAUCAUUAAUUUAUUGAGGAGUUAAACAGCUUAGAGUUUGAGCUGGACAGGUACAAAUUUAGUUUAAAACUCGGCCUUCCCUAGUCGGGUUUUAAUUGGCGGUUUUUUAAGCUGUAGACCCUUGAUGUUGCAGUGAUGGGAACAAGAGUGGAAAGGGGUCAAGCUGUAGAUUCUGGAUGCACAGGAGUUACAGUGAUAGGAACGAGAAUAUUGAGGAACUACUGGCUGUGUUAGUCAGUUUAAAAUAAUCCUCUACUGUCAGAGUAGCUCUCAUCGUUUAGUUAAAAAGGUUGCGUUGG